AUGAGAACUAACUUAGAGGUGCGAACCGGCGGCGAGGUGGAUUCCAAUGCCGUGGGAAGCUUCACGGGGUUCAAAGCCUUGAGACUUAUACGCAUCACACGCCUUUUGAAGACAUUGCGCGUGGUAAGAAUCUUCCGAUUCGUGAUGGCACUCCGCACUUUGGUCACCUCCAUUGUCUACACGCUCCGCUCGCUAUUCUGGGCACUCACAUUGCUGCUGCUGAUUGUAUACGUAUUUUCGGUGCUUAUCACGCAAGCAGUGGAUCCGUAUUUGCGUGAGAAUCCGCUCGUGUCCCUGCCGGACGAAGAGUUGGAAAUGGCUCGUGCGCAUCUAAAUUCCUUGACGCAAACGAUGUUGAGCCUCUUCAUGAGCAUCUCUGGCGGCUUGAACUGGGUUGAUUUGGCUGGUCCCCUUCAGGCAAUUUCGACCUUUUGGGUCUUUGUGCUACUUUUCUACGUAAGCUUUACGUACUUUGCGGUGUUAAAUGUGGUGACAGGAGUUUUUUGCCAGUCUGCCAUUGACAGUGCCCAAAACGAUCAUGCCAAUAUCGUGCAUGCAAUGCUGGCAAAUAAAGAGGCUCAUAUUGACAAGAUUCGCUCUUUGUUCUCUCAGCUUGGUGCCGACAAAACAGGCGUCAUCACUUAUGCCAUGUUUGAAGAGGGGAUCAAUUCGCCUGCCACCUGCGAAUACUUCGAAUCUUUGGGCUUGGAUGUGUGGGACGCCUGGUCGUUCUUCAAGUUGUUGGACUUGGACAAGGGUGGCGCCGUGGAGAUUGAGGAAUUCUUCAAGGGCUGCUUGAGACUCCGAGGUCAAGCCCGUGGAGUGGAUGUAGGAAAGAUCCUUCAUGACCAGACUUGGCUUAUCAAGAACACGGGUCACUUCCAGGCUUACAUGGAGGUGAAGAUGAAGCAGCUUACCGAAAUGACCAGGAGAAGCAGGCCGACAAUUCAGCAAUAA